AUGAUUGACCAGUUUACAAAGUGGCUAGAAUCCUAUGCCAUUCCUAACCAAGAAGCAGAACAAGUAGCUCUGUCACUAGUUGAAGGAUUCAUUGCACGAAUGGGAUGCCGUCUUCAGAUCCACUCGGACCAAGGAAGGAACUUCAUGAGUGACUUAUUCCAACGACUCUGUAAAAUGCUAGAGAUCACAAAAACACGCACAACUCCAUACAGACCAUGUGCAAAUGGCCAAAUAGAGCGGUACAAUAGAACUAUUUUGCAGUCAAUCCGUUGCUAUCUAAAGAAUGUGCGUUACCAGCGACAUUGGGAUCGACAUUUGCAGCUCAUUGCUGGUGCUAUAAGGGCCACAGUAAACAGACAAACUGGAUUUACCGCCAACAAAAUGAUGCUAGGGAGAGAGAUUCUACAACCUGUAGACAUCAUGAUGGGUAUGGGUGAAAACCAGCAGCCUCGAGUACCUUCCGACUAUGUUGAGGAGCUAGAAGAAGUAAUGUCACAGGUCCACACAAUUGCCAGAGAAAAUCUACAUAAUGCACAAAUGCGUCAAAAACGGACCUAUGAUUUGCGGCUUCACAACCACACAUAUGAUGUUGUAGACUUAGUCUACAUGAUAGAUUCGUCAACAAAAAUAGGACAUUCCAAAAAGCUACAAAAACCUUGGAUUGGUCCAUUUGUCGUGACUGAGAAGUUGUCCCCAGUCCUUUAUCGCAUAAAGAAUCGACGAAAGGAGAAAGUGGUUCAUCAUGAUAAAUUAAAGAGAUGCUCUGACUGUGACAUCCCAGUGUGUCUGAUCAGAUUGCGUCAUGCAGUGACAACAGCUGUACCGCCACAAGAUCAAGAGGUAGCGGAGGAGGAAGAGGAAGAUGCAUGUUACUUGGACAAUCUAUAUGGCGAUCAGAAGGUUAACAUUCCAAAUCAAGACUUAAGUGCCCUCAACAAUUCAAGUGAAGAUCCUAGAGCCACUUGUAAUUCAAGUCCUGCUUCAAGAGCCAACUCGAGAGAGCGUCGGCGUGUUAGGCUGCCAAAAGCAUUGGCAGAUUAUGACCUUUCCUAA